AUGGGUAAGUCAAGCAAGAAGUCCAGUGUUGAGGCCGCACCUGUUGCUGUCUCAGUUCCAGAGGGGAAAUCUGUAAAGAAGGGGAAGAGAAAUGCAGAAGAUGAGAUUGAGAAGGCCGUGAGUGCCAAGAAGCAAAAGACUGCAUCUGAAAAGGCCGUGCCGGUUAAGAAGCAGCCCCCUCCAAAGAAAGUUGAGAUCAGCAGCUCUGACUCUGAGGAGGAUUCUUCAGAUUCUGAAGUGGAGGUGCCGGUUAAGAAGCAGCCCCCUCCAAAGAAAGUUGAGAGCAGCAGCUCUGACUCUGAGGAGGAUUCUUCAGAUUCUGAAGUGGAGGUUAAGGUCCAGCCAAAAAAGGUCAUUCAACCAAAGAAAGGUACACAACCUGCUAAACAGGAGUCCAGUGAUGGCAGCAGCUCUGAGAGCUCCUCAGAUGAUGAACCUUCCAAAAAACCAGUUGCCGGUUCAAAUAAGCCAGCUGCCAGUAGUAGCGACAGUGAUGACAGCAGUGACAGUGAUGAUAGCAGUUCUGAUGAGGAACCUGCAAAAAAGCCCACUGUCCUUUCAAAGAAGCCUGUCACAGCUGUUAGUGAUGGUUCAAAACAGGUUAAGCAUGAUAGCAGCAGCUCCGACAGUAGCUCAGAUGAGGAUGAAAAACCUGCUGCUAACCUAAAGAAGCCUCCGGUUGCCUCUGUGCAAAAGAAGACCCAAGAAUCUGAUAGCUCUGACAGUGAUUCUGAUGAUGAUGAAUCAGAAGAUGAUAUUCCUGCUAAGGCUCCAGUAGUGGCCAAGAAAAAGGAAGUAUCCAGUGACAGUUCUGAUUCUGAUAGUGAUUCUGAGUCUGAGGAUGAGGAUAAUAAUGCUAAAACAGUACAGCCUGCCAAGGCUGCUGCUCCUAAAAAGGAGGAGGAAUCUAGUGGGAGCUCAGAUUCUGACUCAGAGUCAGAUUCUGAUUCUGAUGAACCUGAAAAACCUACUGUCCCUGCGAAAAGGCCUCUAGCAACAAAUAAGAAGAAUGAAGAAUCCAGCGACGAAUCUGAUGGCAGCUCUGAUGAGAGUUCUGAUGAAAGUGACGAGGAGCCUCCACAAAAGAAGUCUAAGGAUUCUGCACCUUCUGGUGCUGCCAAGGCUGCCACUAAGGUUUCAAAGAAAGAAAGCAGCAGCGAUGAAGAUGAUGGAAGUUUGGAUGAAAGCUCUGACGAUGAGGAGGAAAGUGAACCAACUAAAACUCCUAAGAAAAAGGAAACUUCUGUAGACACUACGCAAAAGUUGGCACGUAAUGAGCCCAAAACUCCUGCCAAAAGCCAAAGUCAGGCUACUGGUUCAAAGACUAUUUUUGUUGGGAAUUUAGCCUAUAGUAUAGAGCGUGAACAAGUUAAGGAAUUUUUUGAGGAGGCUGGCGAAGUUGUAGAUGUUCGUUUAUCUACUUUUGAUGAUGGGAGUUUCAAGGGUUAUGGACAUGUUGAAUUCGCUACUGUUGAAGCUGCUCAAAAGGCACUUGAAUUUAUUGGUCAUGACCUGAUGGGGCGUCCUCUAAGGAUCGACAUAGCUGUCGAGAGGGGUUCAUACACUCCUAGCAGCGGGAAGGACAACGGUUCAUUCAGGAAGUCUGCUCAAAGGUCAGGCAACACUGUAUUUAUUAAGGGCUUUGACACGUCUGGUGGAGAGGACCAGAUCCGGAGUGCUCUCCAACAACAUUUUGGCUUAUGUGGAGAGAUUACCCGUAUUUCAAUUCCAAAGGAUUAUGACACUGGUGCAAGCAAAGGAAUGGCAUACAUGGAUUUCAAGGACCCAGAUUCCUUGAAUAAAGCAUAUGAGCUGAAUGGAACCGACCUUGGUGGCUACAGCUUGUAUGUCGAUGAAGCGAAGCCGAGACCUGAUAACAACAGGGACGGUGGCUUCAGUAGUGGGCGUGGUGGCAGAGGAGGAAGGAGUGACAGGGGGCGUGGUGGUGGCCGUGGGCGUGGAUUUGGAGGCCGUGGUGGAAGGGGUGACACAGGCCGUGGUGGCCGGGGUACGCCUUUCAGACCGACCGCUGGUACCCCUAGUACAGGAAAGAAGACUACAUUUGGUGAUGACGAUUGA